UAUGCACUAACUGUAUUUAACUUACGUAUUAGCGCAUCGUCUCUUCGUGUGACGUCCUUGCACCUCGCGCGCCUGAUUGGAGCUUCGAGGCCAGAACACACCCACGCGUCAAAAUGUCUCUCGAACGUUCUCUUCGCUAGACAAAUGGAUACGAGGAGCUCCUCUAAUACGUCCGGUUCCUUUCAGUCUCAAUCGUACUACCAGACCGUCUUAUCGCAGUGCGAGAAGGUAGAGGCGAACGUGGCCGACGUGCAACAUCACCUCUCCUCUUUCCUCGAGGCCAUCAACGCAGCAGGACACUCUGGAGUGUUACUGGCCGAUGCGUUGGUAAGACUGUUUUCCGAGACGCCGCUCUGGAGCGUUGCCGUUCAUUAUAAGGAAAAGGCCGAGUCAUUGAGCGAGUUGGCGUCUCGCACGACCAGCCAGGUGUCGCAAGAUGUCUCGUCGGUCCUACACAAGUACACACAUCUCACGCCGGGCACCAAAGCGGCCGUCGACGGGCACCAGAAGAGCCUACGAGAGCUCGACUCGGCGCGCGAGAGAGUCGACGAGUUGGGCAGCUGUCGCGACGUCGAGCGAAGAAGGCGGGCCGAGACGCGAUUCGAGCGCGCGACGGAACAAUAUGUGGCGGACGACGUGCGACUAGUGAAAGCCGUGCAGGACAUUCACGACCAGAAGAUGCAGGUAAUCGUCGUUUAUUUCAUCGAUUAUUGUCACCGGAAGCAUGCAUUCGGGGAGGCUUUCGUUUCCAGGAAUACUUGCACGCAGCCCUACAAAAUCGAUUUGGUGAACGUCAUUUCCGGUUGUUGGCAAUUUCAGAUGCUAGGCCCGGCCCUCUUGACGCUGUUUCAGACGCAGGCGUCGUACUACUCGCAGUCGUUCGAGGUCUUGUCGGCGCUGGGAAAAUAUCGCGAGGUCGGCGACGUUUUUCGCGACUCGAAGGCGUCGAGUUGUGUGAAGAAGGCGACGGCGCAGUGGCUGGCUGCUGCACAGGCUUAUGCUUCUCUUCGGAAGAAUUCGUUGAGUCACAACGACGUGCAGUGCAUCUUGCUGUGUGCUCAAGGAAACGAAAUACCCGAUCAUAUGAAAUCGAGCUUGAAUAGCAAGAUCGAUCGAUUACUGCAAGAGUAUAAAAAGGAGUUGAGCAGAAAUCCGUUGAAACAGUUUACAUGUCUUGGUGGAUUUCACCUGAAUCCGAAAGGUAUCGAGUUGGCACUUGAAGGAUGUUGCAGUGAUUUAGAAGCUAAAGGAGCGGGUGGCUGGAAGGACGAGCUCGACAGUGAAGAGACGAUGGCUCAAAUAUGUCGAGACACAUCGAGAGUCGAGUACAGAAUUGGUCAGCAAUGGUUCGACACGGUACCUGCUGGAAAGGUUGCCGAGGGAGCCAAAGCAAAACUGAGAGCUAUUAGUGAGAUGGUAAAGACUAUGGCUGUAACCCUUAAUGUCGCACCUUCUCAGCUUGAUGAGUUCUCGAUGUGCGUUCUUAAUGAAACUUGUUCGACUGUCGCAAAUUGUGCCUCGAGAACUGUCGUUCAGCUGGUGUUCGGAGUUGCCAACCUGGUACUUGUCAAGCCGAGCUCUGAUCAUUUCGAUAAUCGUCCCACUGUGAUCACGUCUCAGCAUGAUGCCAUUCAAAUUGAAGUGUCGUCGUGUUGGUCUGAUGGAUUCGACCACUCGUCUACUCUUUUGUAUUUUGACGAUUUGUUCUAUUUGCUAUAUAGGUGGCUCGUCGAGGACACCCCUACACUUUACCAUAUUCGUCCGAAUGUCGACCCGUCGAUGAGGCUGGGAGGUGUCGACGUCGUUUAUCAACGCACCUUUAGUGUGUCCAACUGGCUGGCAUCCAAGGCCCAGCCUUUACCAAUUGUCUGCGUCAGGUGGCAGCAGGAUCUCUUGCCUCAUAAAUCGUCGACAGAAAGCGGCGGCACGGCAAGGAGUCUGAGAAACUCGAUCAGUCGGGUUUCAAUGAAAUUCACUUCGAAGCUUAAUCGAUACAGCGAGAGGAGAAGCAGUGGAAGCUGGAAAGAAAACGUCUGUCCUCAACAGGCUACUUUUCAAUCUUACGUUGAUUUGGAGGAGACGGGAGAGAAGGCAGAGAACGCGCAGGCGCCAACUGAUCAACCGGUACCUCCUCCGAGGCUAAGAGGUAGACACGACAGAACGGCGCUCGAAGUCGAGGACGAGAAGAGAGAAUCGGAGAAAGACGAUUCGACGUCACGUUCUGGUGAAACACGGGAGACGAACAGAGAGGAAGACGGUGAGACAUUGCAAUGGCGGUCGGAUGUUGUGGAACCAAUGAGAGACGCGGGGAGUGGCCAGAUUACCGACAGUAAUGGGAAGGUGACUGAAACGGGGCAGGACCGGGGUGAUGAAAACACUCAACGCAACGACGACAUGCAGAAGUUGACCGAGACUCAUUUGGCUUCACCGGCUGAACUUCAAAGCGUCAUCGACUUCUUGUCGGGUUACCCCAUCUCUAAUCGAUCUCUCCAGCAGGCAGACGACGUCGGCACUGUGGCCAACGCUUCUGUGCCGUUCAACUACGAGUUCGAUUCGGACCUGUUUGACGGCUUUAUCCCGCCUCAUCAAUGGCCGCGCAGUUGCAGCGGUACAAGUAGCAACGGCCGGGCGUCGUUUAAUAACGGGCGAAGCGGAAGUCUGGGGAGAAACCGUGGUAGCAGUUUGGGCCGUAGCAGCCGAGGUUCUGGGUGUUCGGAUUGUCUGCAGGACGAUGUCACUCCAUAUGGAUAUGACGUGAUCUACGAGGCUGCUUGUCCUGGUGGAGGUCGCACCGUGGACGGUUGCUUGACAAAUAAUUAUUGUCUUGCACAAAAGAGCAAACCCGUCGGCGAACGCUCAGAUUUCACAUCAGGAUUUGACAUGGUUCAGCAGGGUAUCGAUCCGGUUAGAAUCCUGGCUCCACCUCAUGAUCAUGGUUUACUGGUGAGCAAUAGUGCCGAUUUGGUGGCGAGCGCUAACAGUCGACAAAACACUUUAGCACUUCGUAGAACGCUUCCCAGCUUGAGCAAGCCGUCUCACCAGGGUCACACGGAGGUCCUCAACCGGUCUCCCGCCACUUGGCCUCGAGGAAAAUCAGCACCCUGGGCCAGUGCGUCAAGUGAACAUUCCGAGUUGCAGCACACAUUCUCGCCAAAUAAUGGUUACAAUGUAAUGCAGGGAAAAGGUAGAGACUCCAGUCAGUGUAACACGGGGGUUGCUAGUCCGAGGGCGUUUAGCUCGGACUCUAGCAGUCCAUCUUCUUCUCCACCGUUGUCUCCUGGUAGGUCCAUCCAGCAGCAACAGGGUGCAAUGACGUAUGCUACAACUGCGGCUCAGCCGCAUUGGCGAAAUAGAAACCAAGGAAGAAAUCAUUUUGCCAAUCAACAGGUUUUUGGCGUAGGAGGCUCUCCGUAUCUUCAAGAUUGGGAGAGACAGUGGAACUUGCAACAAAAAAACCUCGACCGUAUGCUUCAGUCUUGACUGCUGAGCUAUAACUGACCGAUGAACACGUGACGAGCAGGAUUAUUAUGCAUGUCUUCUUAUACACUCUGUUUGUAGAUCAUAGAUGUGACGUCGAUUUGAAGCGUUGUGUUUGUAGAAUAUUGUAUACCGAGUAGUUUGGUGAGACGCUGCAGGUCAGCAUGAACCUAGAACUAGAGACUGUGCAGUAUAUACUAUAGACUGGAAUUAGAACAAAAUUGUGAGUUUCAUAUUGCUCUUUCUUCUAUUACAAUCUUGUACUUCGUGGCGUAUCAGUUUUGCAAUGAA